AGAAAAUUAUAUUUCAAAUGUAAUCAAUGACAUUAGAUCUUUACUGAAUGUCGAUCUCUGCUUUGUUCUUGAUUGCACUGAUUCUAUGAGUGAACACAUUGCCGCUGCAAAAAACUGCAUAUUAAGAGUGUCAAACUACGUGAAAAAUUAUGGUGCUGAUAUUAAACUUCGGUUUGGUUUCUGUGGAUAUCGUGACUAUUGCGAUAGGCAUGAUCACAUACAAAUUCUCAACUUUACUAACUCUCAUGAAGAAUUUAGAUCAUAUAUAACCAAUAAAGUAAAUGUUAAAGGUGGUAGAGAUAUCCCAGAAGAUGUCCUAGGAGGUCUUAACGCUGCGAUAACUCGUAUGUCCUGGAAUAGUGCCACUCGUGUGCUUAUUCAUAUCGGAGAUGCCCCUCCGCAUGGUCGUCGUUUUACUAACAAAAAUGAUGAAUUUCCAGAUGGCGAUCCAAAUGGUCUAACUGCUGAAAAAGUGUUGAAAACAAUGAAAUCGAACAAUAUUUUAUAUCAUUUUGGGAAAAUUAAUAAUUCUACAGAAAUUAUGCUUGGCAUAUUUCGUGAAAUCAUUGGUGAUUUUCCUGUAUUUGAUCUUAAAACUACUAGUAAUAAUCCGGACGUAUUACUUAAUAGAUUUGUCGAUACUACUUGCUCUGCUAUCAUCUCUUCUGUUUUGCUUACCACUACGUUAAGAAACCCUGCAAGCAUACAUUCCUUACAAUUAAAAAGACUUCAAAUCAAUCCACUUGAACCUGAUUGGUCCACUCUACCAGAAAAGCCUGGAGAACUUUUAUAUUAUCCAUUACCUAAAUCACUUGAUGAAAUUAAAGAUGAUCAUUUUUUUAUAAAUUCAAAAUUUACCACUCGAAAUAUCUCGUUCAAACUUGCCCCACAACCAUUUUCUGUUGGUGCUGAACGGUAUGCAUAUUUUGCCCUUUGUAAUAAUCUUGGGCAAGGUGAAAAAUUUGUUAUAAAAGAAUAUCAUAAUUCUGAACAAGACUCUGAAAAACGAUGCCUAGAAUUAAUAGAGGUUUCUAACAUUGCUAAAUUUCUUUCAACAGAAUUUAAUUUAGCUAUAGAACAAACUACAUUCAAAUGGAAAGUGAAUUUUCUUGAUGUAAAUAUCUUGAGUAAUAAGUCUAAUACCAGUACUUUAUAUUACUCUAUAGAAAAGUAUUUCUCUGAUGCAAAGUUUAAACGGUUUAACACAAAUAGUGGUAUUAUUACAGAUUUCCAUUCAGCCCUUGAGGCGUUUGCUCAUUUCACUUAUCAGUAUACCAAGGGAUAUUUAGUAGUUUAUGAUUUACAAGGUGUUAGUCUUAAUAAAGAAUUCUUAUUAACAGAUCCGGCAAUACAUUGUAUUGAUAUAUUAAGAUUUGGUGAAACAAAUUUCGGAAAGAAAGGAAUUGAAAAGUUUUUUUUGAAGAAACAUGAGUGUAAUAUGAUUUGUGAAGGUUUAAAUUUAGACAAA